AUGGCCGUCACCCCAAUCGCCCGACAUGGCCGUCCCCCAGUCCAUAUCCGUCAGGGAUUUGCGGCCUCAUUUUCAAUCCCAAUCCCAAUCCAUCGACAUGCCCCCUCGAGCUCGAGCACUCGAGCAGUCAUACAUAAACCCAAUCGGUCUCCACGCCUCGCGCUGACGGCCACCGGCUUCAGAAUGCUGCCGUUUGCUACUCUUUAUUCAACUGGGAACCUCGUCCGACGUGACAGCGACAUCCUCCUCAGUCCUCCGCGGGAACGGGAACUCGAUGAGCCGCUCCUCGCAGUCCAAAUCGGCGGAAUUGUAGGAGCAUACGUGAUCUUCGUCGCUAUCAUCCUAACCCUACUUCUUGUCGUCGGCCGCCGUCUUCGCAGGACAGUCCAGUCGUCCAACUAUACCCUCCAGGUCGAAAUGAUGAAGCCCAAGCACCCACCCAUCUCGACAACCGCCGCAGCCACCAAAUCCAAUGCCGCGUUCAACUCGAUCGACCCUAGCCCCGUCAGCCCGACCAACAAGUCGCACGGGUUCAGGUCCUGGACGAGCUUGACCAAGGCCGGCGGCCAGUCGCACUCUCGCUCCAACAAUAACAGCGUGGGCACUAUCGACCACAACUCCGUCGUAGCCGCCGACCGGCGCAGAAACCAGGACCAGAUGGAGAUGCUCUAUGCCGCUGUCAUGGAGCACGACGAGCGCCGCGCUGCUGCAAAUGCUAGUUCGCCGGUGAGUCCAACAGACGACGUCAGUCUGAAGGACCUCUCUCCACGCUCUCCAUCGAGCUACCAGAACCCUUUCUCGGACUACGCUGCUAGAGACUAUGCGUCCAAAAUCCCGGAGGAGAAACCGCUUCCCCCAAUGCCACAGCCACACCACCAGUAUCCCGCCCCCGCCGUGACGACCGCUCCACCACCGACCAGCCCAGGCGGCCGCUCAACAACGUCCCGCCUCUCGCGCAUCUCGAACCUCUCCCUCUUCCACUCGAACCGCGAUGCCUCGCAAUCUCACUCCCACUCGCAUUCAAACUCCUCCAGCAGCAGAAUCCGCUCCCCACGCCUACCAGGCCGCAAACACGCCCAACCCCUCGGCAUAAACAUCUCGUCCCCACUGGCCUCGCCAACCCCCACCUCCCCACACUCCGACCAAAUCCCGCUCUCCCCGCGCUUCUAUAACCCCGCGCCCCCGCCCCUCCCGCCAAAGGCCGGUGCACCGAUAACCCGCAUCGCGACAAACAACACCACGACCUCGCAAUCGCAUCGAACCCCCGCGCCCCCUCCAUUGAACCUCCAAGCCGCAACCCCCACAAGCGCGAAGGCCGGACGGAGCAGUUCCUCCCUCCCCUUCCGCGAAGCAUACCCACAACUUCUAUCUGCACCGCCCACGAAAACAACUAUCCUUGAGCGGCCCGAGAAACAGGCUAAUGGGCCGCGGACGGGUCUUCCGACGCCGUAUAGCCCGUACAUGCCGUUUACGCCGCUGACGCCGCUAACGCCCAGUCGGAUUGUGACGAAGAAGCAGCGGAAGAGGCAGGGGAAGGAGAAUGGGCUUAGGGCGCUGAAUGAGGAAGAUGCGGUGAGAGGUGAAGAUGAAAUGUGGGGGUAUUAG